GGAGAGGAGGAGGAGGAGGUGCGGGGAGAUUUGGGAUCAGUCUUUGUCUUCUUCUCCCAGCAGUUCAAUCCACGCAACGGGCGCAGGACGUACCCCACUCUUCUGGAGGGGAGGAAAAAGAAAACGUGGAUGGCGUGAUAUUUGAAUAAGAAGAAAAUAAGAGAGAAAACUUGAAAGAUAAGAUCUGGUGAAGGAAAGAAAUCUGCUGGAAUUUCAGCUGAAGGGUUGACAGAUUUCCUGUUCUGUGAUCAAAAUGAGCUGGAGUUUCCUCACACGUCUGCUGGAUGAGAUUUCCAAUCACUCCACCUUUGUGGGUAAAAUCUGGCUCACCCUCCUCAUCGUCUUCCGGAUCGUGCUGACGGCGGUCGGGGGCGAGUCCAUCUAUUAUGAUGAACAGAGUAAAUUUGUGUGCAACACACACCAACCCGGUUGUGAGAACGUGUGCUACGACGCGUUCGCGCCGCUUUCGCACAUUCGCUUCUGGGUGUUCCAGGUGAUUAUGAUCACCACGCCCACCGUCAUGUACCUCGGAUUCGCCAUGCACAAGAUCGCCCGCAUGGACGAUGAAGACUACAGACCCCAAAGCAGGAAGCGGAUACCUAUUGUGAGUCGCGGUGCCAACAGGGACUACGAAGAGGCAGAAGAUAACGGGGAGGAGGAUCCCAUGAUCAUGGAGGAAAUUGAGCCGGAAAAGGACAAGGAAGUCGCACCAAAGCCCAAAAACAAGCACGACGGACGGCGGCGCAUCAAGAGAGACGGCCUGAUGAAGGUCUACGUUUUUCAGCUGCUGUCGCGCGCCGUCUUUGAAGUGGCCUUUCUGUUUGGACAGUACAUCCUUUACGGAGUGGAGGUGUUGCCGUCGUUCGUGUGCACCCGGUCUCCGUGCCCCCACACGGUGGACUGCUUUGUGUCCCGCCCCACCGAGAAAACCAUCUUCCUGCUCAUUAUGUACGGCGUCAGCAUCCUGUGUCUCCUCUUCACCGUGCUGGAGAUCCUUCACCUCGGCUUCAGUGGACUACGCGAAUGCCUUUGCCCACGAAAACCUCGUUCUCACCGCUCGCCUCGCCAUUCAGCGCUCCCCAGCAAUAGAUCCUCCUUCUCCCGCCAGCCUUCAGCGCCUCCAGGCUACCACACCACUGUGAAGAAGGACCCGUCCGGGAAAAUGCCCUUCAGAGAUAACUUGAGAGACUCGGGCCGCGAGUCAUUCGGCGACGAGUCGUCAUCGCGGGAGCUGGAGAGGCUACGCAGACACCUAAAACUGGCCCAGCAGCAUCUGGACCUAGCGUACCAGAAUGAGGAGAGCAGCCCUCCGCGCAGCAGCAGUCCAGAGUCCAACGGCACUGCGGCAGAGCAGAACCGGCUCAACUUUGCCCAGGAGAAGCAGACCAGCACCUGUGACAAAGGUCUCCGGGCGUAACCUUCCAGCAGCUGAUCCGAACAAACAUGGAGGAGGAGGAGCAGUGAAAGUAGAAGGGAACUGAGCAGGGAGUGCUCAUGCAUGAUGGGACAUUGCUUGAGGCCUUCCAGUGUUGACGACCAGCCGUGGUGGACCAUCAAGUCACCUGGAGGCACCGACCUGCAUGAAGAUCCAAAGUGCUUACAAACUGCCAUCGUGCAACGAGAACAAAUCCCGUGUGCAUCUCCCUCAGGGCAGCUAUUCCUUUUUAUACAAAUAUUUUUAUCAAACUUUUUUUGUAUGAUAUUUUUGUCAAGUGUUGAAAGUUGUGAAUCUCAAGUUUGCCUUACACUCAAACUGGAACUGUUUUUUUUAUGGAAUCUUUCUGAAGUAGGGCCAAACCAGUUGUGCAAGUUCGUAAGAGUUUUGUACUUUGUGAGAGUUGAUGACUGUAGUUGCAAAAGAAAAAAAAAGGUACUGGGAGGGGUUGUCUUACCGGCAAAGACUUAAAGGUGUUGUCCCACAAGGGCGUCGUUCAAGUGUGUUUCUGUUAGCCGUUUGUGGCAGUGUUGCCACGGCGCCGGUCAGCAUUCCCACGUCUGUCUUCACGGAGCUUGGAAUGCGAAGCAGGAAAUGUGGCAUUAGGACAUCUGGGGUCGGGUUUAACUGCCUACUGUGUUGGUUUUCUGUUCCAGGCAGGAUUUUUCCGUUAUUAACAAAACGGUCUUAAGUCACAAUCUUUUAAAUCCUAUUUAUUUCCCUAGAAGUCGAACAGACGUACUUAUUUUAUAUAUGUCUUGUAUUGGCAGAGGAUGUGCAGCGCUGCUUUUGUUUCAUGAUUUUAUACUUUGGGGGGGUUUGUUGCCACAUUUUAUUGCUUCCGAUUCAUCCUCGCAUUGCUCCGUUUACAUGAAUGUGUUUGCAUCCAUUUUCCAAAAAAAGAAGCAAAAAACUGGAUGAUCUUCCUGAUAGAAAGCCUGGUAGAACCUGCUUUUCUAGCAGUUCAGGCCUUUUGAAGGAGAGUUGAACACACUUGAGGUGCCUUUGUCCAAAGGAAUAAACCAACCUGGGUAAUGCUUGAAAAAUAUGAUGUUAUGUUUUGCUCUAAAUGUUUAAUACUGUUCUUUUUUUACAUCUAGUAGUUGGCUGUUGUCACUGUGGCAAAGGUUUGCUUCAAAUUUCACUGCUGUCAAUAGCUGGACGCUUCAAACACAGCAGUUUUUUUCCCUCUUUUUUUACCUUAAAGGGUAACCAAACCCUAAAUCAACUUUUUGUGUCUGUUGAUCUCUAUAGAUGGGGCUUUAAAAGUGCUGUUUGUUGGUCAUUUCCAAA